AUGGCUGAUAUGGCAUCGCGCAUAGCUUCAUUGAGAGGAAUACUGCCUGACCUCGAGUCUGCAUUGCAAUCCUUCACCUCGUCUCCCGCCAAAUUCCGUGUCGUGCGGACUGUGAACGACACGCCGACGCAGCCGAAGACGCUCUACAUCCUUGACUCGUCCUUCAACCCGCCGUCAAUUGCCCACCUCACGCUCGCGACUUCAGCUCUCAAGCAAUCCGCGCCCCUGGAGAGUAGUCCUUAUCGGCUGCUGCUGCUGUUCAGUACACACAAUGCAGACAAGGCACCAAGCCCGGCGAGCUUCGUGCAGCGCAUCGCCCUUAUGACGGCGUUUGCCGAGGACCUGUCGCGAAGCCUAAAGAGCGCGUCGCCUUCUUUGAAGCAUGACGUCUCCGACAUGUCGAUAGACAUCGGGCUGACCAAAGAACCGUAUUACAGUGACAAGUCGGCUGCGAUAGCCAAGACCACACCCCCAUUCUACGCGUCGCAACCCAUUCACAUCCACCUCGUAGGCUACGACACCUUGAUCCGCUUCUGCAACCCCAAGUACUACCCCAAGUAUGACCCACCGCUGUCGGCACUAAAACCCUUCUUCGACGCUGGCCACAAGCUGCGCGUGACUCAGCGACCAACAGACCCGAGCGAUGAAUCGUCCAACGAGUUUGGUACAACUGAGGAGCAGACAAGAUACUUGCAGAACCUGAAGGACGGUAAUCAAGAGCAAGCUGGCUUUGAGGCUGCGUGGGGCAACAGCAUUGACAUGGUACAAGCCGAGGAAGGCGUGGGUAUAAGCUCGACGAGGGUGAGAAAGGCAGCAAACGCAGGCAAAUGGGACACGGUGGGUGAGCUAUGCACUGAAGGCGUGGCUGCUUGGAUCAGGGACCAAGGUCUAUACAGCGAAGAUGCCAGCGGCAAAAAGAUGAUGGGCUGA